AGAGAAAAAGCUCGCGUGGCAUUAAGCUUCGCUGCUUAAUUGGGUUAAUGAGGCGAUGGACUCGCUUCGUGAAAUGAUACCUGCCCGUUAUUCCUGCUGAAGAGUGUUAGAUGAAGAAGUGUGAGAGAAAAAGACAGACGAAAGAAAAGAAAAAAGUGUGUGUAUUUGUGAGAGAGAGAGAAAGAGAGAGAGAGAGAGAGAGAGAGAGAGAGAGAAACAACAACACCAUUACAGUAGACGGAUUUUGGGAGAAAAUUCGAUACGGGGUGGACAAGGCGUACGAUGCUUAGGGAUGCUUGGACGAACGACGGUGGGAAAGGCUGGUGGCGAUGUUGGUCCAGGUUGGGCGGAUUGCUGGCGAUGGCGACAGCCAUUUCCUGUCUCGUUGUCUCGUUUCCGGGCGCCUCGGCCAAUCCGGAAGCGAAGCGUCUUUACGAUGACCUGCUGUCGAACUACAACCGCCUCAUCCGCCCCGUUGGCAACAACAGCGAUCGCCUCACUGUCAAAAUGGGACUACGCCUCUCCCAGCUCAUCGACGUUAACUUGAAGAAUCAGAUCAUGACGACAAACGUUUGGGUGGAACAAGAGUGGAACGAUUACAAGCUGAAGUGGAAUCCGGAUGACUAUGGCGGCGUCGAGACCCUUCAUGUACCAUCGGAACAUAUAUGGCUGCCUGACAUUGUACUUUACAAUAAUGCCGAUGGAAAUUAUGAGGUAACCAUUAUGACCAAGGCGAUCUUGCACCAUACGGGAAAGGUCAUAUGGAAGCCACCGGCGAUCUAUAAAUCAUUUUGCGAGAUCAACGUGGAGUAUUUCCCCUUCGACGAGCAGACCUGCUUCAUGAAGUUUGGCUCGUGGACUUACGACGGAUAUACGGUCGACCUGCGGCAUCUCGCUCAAACCGAAGAUUCGAAUCAAAUCGAUGUGGGUAUCGAUCUGACAGAUUAUUACAUCUCCGUCGAGUGGGACAUAAUAAAAGUGCCUGCCGUGAGGAACGAGGCGUUCUACAUUUGCUGCGAGGAACCGUAUCCCGACAUAGUGUUCAACAUCACCCUACGCCGCAAGACCCUCUUCUACACGGUAAACCUGAUAAUACCGUGCGUGGGCAUAUCCUUCCUCUCGGUGUUGGUGUUCUACCUGCCGAGUGACAGCGGCGAAAAGGUUUCCCUGUCGAUCUCGAUACUCCUCUCGUUGACGGUGUUUUUCCUCCUGCUCGCUGAGAUAAUACCGCCCACGUCGUUGACGGUGCCGUUGCUCGGCAAGUAUUUGUUGUUUACGAUGGUGCUCGUUACACUUUCGGUCGUAGUGACGAUCGCAGUGUUGAAUGUGAACUUUCGGUCACCGGUUACUCACCGUAUGGCGAAGUGGGUACGGAUCGUGUUCAUUCAGGUGCUCCCGCGAUUCCUCCUCAUCAAAAGACCAAAUAAGGACGAGGACGAUGAAGAUGAGGAAGGUAUCGACGGGCUUGUCGGUGGUGCUAACGGUGCUGGUACCGGUGUUGGUGAUAAUGGUGGUAGAAACGGUGGUGGCGCCGGUAGCUCCCAUCAUCAUCGACUUCAUCGUAUUCAUAACGGGCACGAGCUCGACGACGAGCUCGAUGACGUCGUCGACGAGGAUGACGUCGAGGCACCGAACGGGAAACCGCCCGAGGCUAUCCUCACCGAUGUGUUCCAUGUACAAGAGACUGAUAAGUACGAGCCGUAUGGCAGUAAGAGGUUCAGCGGCGAAUACGAGGUACCUGGACCACACGGUCCGCUGGCACACCUCAUCGUCGGUCAUCAUCAUCACCACGGCGGUGUUGCUGGCGGUCCUGGCCUUCCACCACCGAGCUCCUUACCGACUACUGGCCCACCUCCGCCGCCGCCACUCAGCAAGCCACCGAGCUUUCAUCAUGAGCAUGGUCCACCUCUUGGUACCGUUGCCCCUUAUUUCGAGGAACCACUGCCCUCCUUGCCUCUGCCCGGUGCCGACGACGAUCUCUUUGGACCGGCUAGUCCCGGUUAUGCACACGAGGACAUCAGUCCCACCUUCGAGAAGCCAUUGGUGCGCGAAAUCGAGAAAACCAUCGACGACGCCCGAUUCAUCGCACAGCAUGCCAAGAACAAGGACAAGUUUGAAAGCGUCGAAGAGGAUUGGAAGUACGUCGCGAUGGUGCUUGAUCGGAUCUUUCUAUGGAUCUUCACGCUCGCUUGCGUGCUCGGAACGGCGCUGAUAAUCCUCCAGGCUCCGAGUCUUUAUGACACGACGAAGCCGAUCGACAUAAAGUACAGCAAGAUCGCGAAGAAGAAGAUGAUGUUGAUGAAUAUGGGCCCGGAGGAGGAAUAGUUGACGAUAAAGCGCGGUCAAUGGCCACCGUGUCAUUGGCGCGAUCGUCGACGUCAUCGCCGUCAUUAUAAUCAUCGUCAUCGUCAUUGUCAUCAUUGGAUUUGCUGGUGCCGUCUUCGUCGUCGGUAUCGUCAUCAUCGUCAUCGUCGGCGUCGCCGACGUCGACGACGACAUUGUUCUUCGUCGUCGUCGUCGUCGUCCUCGUCGUCCUCGCUGUCGUCAUCCAUCGAAACUGCCGAUUUUCGCGUCAGUGCGGAGAAGGACGCGACUCUUCUCUCUCGUCCGCCGCUCCGCUUUUCUUCCAUCGCUGCCCCGUCGUUUCCUUUCCGGUCUCGUCCCGGAAUGAGACUAGAUAAAGUGACGAGAUAAAGUGAUUGUAUGUAAGAGAGAUAGAUAAAUAGAGAGAGAGAGAGAGAGAAAGGGAAAGAGUGAAAGAGAAAGAGAACAUGACUAUGCAUGUACGUUUGAGAGAAAGAAUGAGUCUGAACGAAGAACGACGAUGUCGCUUGUCUCCCCUCGUUUCCUUCCCCAUCUUCGUUUUUUUUCUGUUUCGGAAGGGUACUUUCGAGUGGGAAAGAGAGCGACUGAAGUGCGAGUAAAAUAGACCGUAUGAUAGAGAGAAAGAGAGAAAAUGUGAGAGAACGAUUGAUAGGGGCGUGAAUGAGUAGUGGGUACGAAGCGAAUGUUACUUUGUGAUGUCGUGGGUGGGCUUGACGGGAAGAGACGGAGGGGAGGAGCGAGAGAAGGAGAAAAAGUGCCAAAUACGCGAAAAACACGCGCACCGUAUUUUUGUAAAUCUGGUUUCAUACGUAAGGCUAGAGUCGUGCGGCGAGACGUCGAACUGCCCGAACUGCCGAUUUUAUAUAAGAAGACGUUUACAGCGAGGGGGGCGCGUUUCACGGAUACAUAUAACUUACACUUACAGAUACACACUUACAUAUGUACACAUAUACACAAGUAUACACAUCCACACGCACUUCCGACGUAUUUAUUAUUAUUAUUCUUACUACCACUAUCGUCAUUAUUAUUAUCAUUAUUAUCAUCAUCACCAUUAUUAUCAUUAUCAUCAUUAUUAUUAUUACUAUUACUAUUAUUAUUAUAUAUAAAUAUAAAUAUAAAUAAAUAAAUAAAUACAUAUAUAUAUAUAUAUAUAUAUAUAUAUAUAUAUAUACCGCGCACACUGUCGCUCACGUAUCGUAUACGCACGUCCACACAUUCAAUCACUACUUCCGCUAUACAAAUACACAUAUACAUAGAUACAGGACGAAUAUACGCACGUACGUGUGCCGUACAUAUAUACGUAAAAGUACACAUACAUAUUAUACAUACAUACUCACAUAUACAUACAAAUAUACAGGGAGGGCAUUUAAACCGCGCACAUGUAUAUGUAUUCGCAUCGAUACGACGGUGAAGGGCGAACGUUACGUGUCGCUUCGAAGUUGCACUGUCGAAAUGCUUGUGCACAUUUAAGAUGCACAACAACAACAAUAACAACAGCAACAACAACAAAAAUUAACAACAACGUGGUAUCACGUUGUAUGUACUUGCAACGAAAUAUCCUUUUUAAAAACGCGCGAAUCACGCACUUACACGAGUACUACGAACGUUCACGUCGAGACUAAUUCGUUCGUUUAUUCAUUCGUUUAUUAGGAUUAGAGAAUGAUUUUUUUUUACUAGAUUACGUUACAUGCGAACGAACGGCGUGGGUUCAUCGAUCGAUCGAUUUUACUUUUAUUAUUUUAUUUUAUUUUAUUUUAGUUUCAAUUAAAAUAGGAACAUCGAAAUUCUGGCUGAACAAUGUUUUUUAACUAUUUUAUCGAAUAUUAUGACGUUUAUCGUGCAAUAAAAUGAAAAUACUUUUUUCUUUUGUAAUUUUUUUUUUCUGUUUUUUUCUGCUUUUUUCUUUAUUUUUCUUUUUUUUAACGACGAAAAAGUUAUUUUAAACGUUCGUUCGUGUAAAUCGUGCUUAUAUUUAGUGUAUUAAUACUGGUUAUAAGAGGGUAAAAUGCUUCCAUCGUUUUUACGAAGACGUAUGAGAAGCGAAUUUUCUUCACCGUUUUCUUCGAAAACAUUCGCGUUUACGGAAAGUUACGAAGAGUUUAUGCAGCAGAAAGAAAGAGAGAGAGAGAGGAGGGGGGGGGAGAGAAAUAGAAAGAGAGAGAGAAAACAAUGGGAGAAACAAAACAUAAACCGCUUGCAAACAACUGCCAAUAUUAGAUGCGGCCUCAAUCUAAUUUAGUCGGCGCAUAUGUAUGGAGAAAAGAGAUAUGAAAAGAAAGGAAGAAACGAGAAAACAGGAUGAAAAAGAGAGAGAGAGAGAAAGAGAGAGAGAGAAAAGGACAGAAUGAAAAUUGAUCGGAUCAUGAAAGAUAGAAGAUUGAAACGAUCGAGAAAAAUAUCAGAAAGGUAAAAGUUUAUUAAAAAUUUCAAUAUUUUUAUCGUUCAAUUUUUUUUUCUUUUUCUUUUUAAGUUAUAUUAAAUCGAUAAAUUAAUCAAUUAGAUUUUCGAAAUUUGUGUAAAAAUAGUACUCGAACAAUGUAAAACGUGAAGAGAUAAUUAUGAUAAAUAAUGUAUUUCUUGUUUUAUUUUUUUGUUCUAUCAAUGAAUAAAUGAGGAUAGUAUAAAAUGAAUAAAUUGCAACACCAUAUAGUACCAUAUUGAGGUUGAGAAGAGAAAGCAAAAGAGAAAAAGAGGAAGAGAGAGAAAGAGAGAUAGAAAGAAAGAGAGAGAGAGAGAGAGAGAGAGAGAAAGAGUGAGAGAGAAAGAUAGGAAGGGAGGGAGAGAGAGAGAGAGAGAGAGACAGAUAAACAGAAAGGGUGAUAAACUUACAAAGGAUAAAGUAAAAUGGAAAAAGGAAGCUGCAUUUUAAAUCAUAUAUAUCCUUUUAGUAAACGUGGAAGAAGAUGGAUCGCGUUCAUAGUUGUAGUAGUUACGUGGAAAAGAAUCUUGGAAUUCGAAAUAUACCUCAAAGCAUCUUUGGAUCCUUUAGGAUGUCGCGUAGGCGAACAACCGAAAAGCAGAGAACGAUGGUAAAGGAAGAAAUGAUUCCUCUAUGAUCGCAAGAUGAAACUUCUCGAAGAAUUCUAAGCGAGCAAAAGAUAUUUUGUGAGAAUAUGAAAUGUAAGAAAAAAGAUCAGAAAAAGAAAGAAAAUUAUUUACCAUGUAUAAGUAUAAGUGAUGAUAAAAAAAAUAUAAAUAAAAAGUUUUGGCGAGAAUCGAUCGACGGUGUAAAUCUCGAAACUUUUGGAUAUAUUUCUUUUUUCUUUUUUUCUUUCUUUUUUUUUUUUUUUUUCCUUAUUCUUUGUUCGACUCUUUUUUAAGCUUUUGUUACUAUCCUUUUCUUAAGUAAUAUCGUUAAAUAAAAAGCUAUAUUCUCUGGAGACUGGAUUUCGCUUCAUUCGACGAAAAAUAGUAUCGAAGAAUGAACUUUUUUAGAAAUGAAUAAAGUAUGUAACAUGCCAACACACGCAUUUUUGAAGAAUGUUAUUACGAAUACUAUUGCCGAUUAAAUAAACGAAUUCACGCACACAAAUACACGGACAUUAACAUUGUUAAUAUAUCGAGAAAGGGAGGUGAACGAGGAAGAGAAGAAAAAGGAAGGUUAAAGGAGAAGGUGGAGGAGGGUCAGUUAGAAGGGAGGAAGAAAAUGAGGGCGUAAGGUGAACGACUAGCACGCCCUCAAAGGUAUUAUAAUCAAUUUAUUCGCUCGCGUAAGAGGUAAACGGUAUAAUUAAAUUUAAUAUGUGCAUAUAGAUGUAAAGGAAAUAAAAAUUAUAAUUAAACGAACUUAAUCACAUAAUCGAGAACAGACGACUAAGCUAAAUUCUUUUGGAUAUGAAAAAAGAGGUGAUAUAAAAAUACAUGUGGUGCUAAUGAUGCUUAUUGAUGAUGUGGCACAAUACUGGUAUUAACGAAUGAAUAAACAAAUAUAAUGGUGGAAGUGAUCGGUCGACGAUAUUCUCGAAGGUCAUUGUUAUUUAUUUAUAUAGGCGAGUAUUCACGAGGUCAGUUCACGUUAAAUUUUCUAACAAGACGGAGCUACCUUGGAUUAUCUGAAUUUACGGGAAGAAAAAAGGAAAACAAGGAAGAAAAGUAGACAGAGAGAGAAAAGGAGAGGAAGAGAAAAAGAUAGAGAGAGAGAGAGAGAGAGAGAGAGAGAGAGAAAGAGAGAGAGAGAGAGAGAGAGAUAGAGAGGGAGACAGAGAAGAUCAAAGAGAAGGAACGAGCGUAAUAAGACGUGCAAAAUUAAUUCAUUUAAAAUUUCAUUCAUAUCAUCGUACACUUAUUUAGGAUUGACCGUAAUUUAUACUAUUCUAUAAUCAAAAAAAAAAAAAGAAAAAAAAAAUAAAUAAAAGAAGAAGAAAAAAAAAUGAAAGAGAAGGGAAACGUCGAAUUUCUCGUUACUCGAGCUCGACCAUGCUCGACUCUUGCUCGUUCGUCGCUAAUGGAUUCGUUUUUCGGUCUCUCUAUACUUUUUCGCUCUUUUUCAAAUUUUUUUUUGUUUUCCCGUUUUUUUCCUAUUUUUACACCCGUUCGUUCCCAAAUUACUCGCGCGUUCUACUAUUCGGGCUACUCGCAUCGCGUAAAGGAACUCUCGGAUUUUGCGGUGGCUGGUCUCGAAGCGCCGAAGCAGCACUCCGGGAAUGUUCCGUUGAAGCUCGUGCGAUCGUAAAAAUGAAAAAAAAAGAAAAAGAGGAAAAAAAGAAAAAAAAAUGAAAGAAGAAAAAGAAAAAGGAAAAAAGAAGAGCGUUGUAUUUGUCGUUGAAAAAAAUGAAUUUAUCACGAAUUUCUACCACUAUCGCGUUGGCUAGGUGACUUCGAAAGAGCGAACGCGAAGG